UAUAUCCUGCGCCUCUCAUCAGGUGUGCAGAGAGAUCUCCCUGCUGACCUGCGCGUUAUCGAUAACUGCGCCUUUAUUAUGCGCGCGGCCCGCACGUGCGCAUUCACGCACUCCAGCUGAUCCAGCUGCGAUCGUCCUCCGUCAUCAGAACCAGACGUCGCUUCACGUGACGCUAAGAGAACAGGAGGCGUGUCGUUUGUCUAAAAAAAAACAAAAAACACCUUUCCUCAUUUCCUCCUUACGACGUUUCCUUGCGUAAAAGGCGCAAAGUGAGCGGCUUAUUAGCGGACGCGCCCGUGCACACCGCCGCCCGUGAAGUAAUACGCCGAACAACAAACUGACAUCAUCAGAAUGCGACUCUCCCACCCCGACGAGCCCGACACAUUCUAGAGGACGUCAACCAUAAGGGGGGACCGAGUGGGCCAAAGCGUCACCGCUCGCACGCCGGCGCGUGGGUCUGUUCAUGCACGUGCGCCGCGGCUGCAGCCGUCUGCCGCGCGCGUCUGUCUGUCCGCGCAGGAGCCGAGACGGACGGGCCCGGCGGCGACGACGACGACGACGACGACGACCAUGAUGAUGAUGAUGGCGGAGGAGGACUGCGUCGGCUUCCAGGCGCAAAUCGCCUCCAUCAUCGAGAUCCUGGCCAACUCCGCCGUGGCGGAGAUCUGCAAGCUGGUGGACGACGGCUACGCGGCGCUGCGCUCCCAGAUGGAGCGGGAGCGGGAGAAGAGCGCGCGCGAGAACGACGCGCUGCGCGCCAAGCUGCGGGACACCGACAUGAAGAUGCGCGGCUACGAGAGGAAGAUGAGGAGACGGGGUCGGAGAGAGGAAGCCCCCGCCGCUCGUUUCGGGCCGUCCGAAGGAGCUGACAUCCAUCAGCCGGUGGUGCCGCCUCUUCCUGCGCCUUCUCCAGACGCAACCUGCCUUCACGUGUCAAAGCAGGAGGAGUCGUUGCCGCUGGUGAAGCAGGAGAAGGUGGACUGCAAUCUGGACCUGAAGGUGGAGGUCAACAUUAGGGCGGAGUGUGACCUGUCCACCGCCUGUUCUCCUGUGGCGCUCUGCUCAUCUUCAGCCAUGGAACCCACUGAGGACCCCCCCCCGUGCGAAGUUGGUCCCGACAGCAGUCUCAACAACACUCCACGCACCAGCCAGCCCUCCUCUUUGCCUACUGAUUCCACGAUGGACCGGACGUGCAGGCCUCGCGAGAAAAGUGAAGCCACCAUGCCGCUGGGCAACGGCUUGACAGCUGGCAGCGGGGGGGUCACGGCCCACGGGGGCGUGCGCAGGGACCUGACGGACGGCGCCGUGAAGCCGGAGAUCCAGAUAGACGAUCCUACACAGGUAGCCUCGGAUGAGCCGAGCGGCGACGGCCUCAGCGGCCUGGGCCUGGACCUGGCCUGGAUGCAGGAGCGGGUCGGCCAUCUGGGCGCGGCCUACGCUGUGGCACAGCUGGGUCUGGGCAACGCAGACAGCGGCCACCCCUCCGCCCCCUUCUCCUCUCAGGGAGGAGACAGUCCGGAUGGCCCUCCGACCAUGCUGUUCACAGGCGGCACCCACGAGAUGGCGGCUUUCGCCGCGUCCUUCGACGUGGCCGCUGCCGCGUCCGCCGCUCCUCCGCCACCGGCCCCUCUGCCUCCUCCGCCUCUCCCCCCCGCGGCUCCUCCUGCCGCCGCGCCCGGCCAGAGGAGGCUCUACAGGACCGGCGCCCCCAAAGAGCCGGCGGCGUGCGGCGUGUGCGGGCGCGUCUUCCCCAGCGCGGCCGCCUUGGAGCUGCACCGGCGGGCGCACGCCGGGGAGAAGCCCUACAUCUGCCCCCAGUGCGGCAAGGGCUUCGCUCAGCCCAACAACCUCCGGGUUCACCUGCUCAUCCACACCGGGGAGCGGCGCUACCGGUGCGCGCUGUGCGGGAAGAGCUUCAUCUCGUCCAGCCACCUGAAGAGGCACCGCACGGUCCACACGCAGGAGAAGCCCUACAGCUGCUCGCGCUGCGGACAGUCCUUCAGCCAGAUGUGUAGCGUCCGCCGACACCGGCAGCAGUCCCAGUGUGGCCUGUAGACUUGGCUUGGCCUCUGAGAGGUGAAAUGGGCGACAGGAUACCAGAACCGCGUGUAGGCGAGGACUCGUCCUGUGAUGUCAUAACAAGUGCAGUUGACGUUUGUCCCUGACCAUCGCAUUGAAUCUGUCUUGAACGCACACAAAAGAUGUUUACUAAAGCCUUCGCAGUCGUUACUGACUCUUUGUUUCAACCUGACAGAAGAUCACAGAGCGGAUUGUAAAAGAGGGUCCGAGACAGAGUCUAGAGCACUUAAUCCAUCACGUUGUCAUUUAAACAAUUAUAAUAUGCUGCAUCAGCUGUCCAUUUUCUAAGUAUACCACUGUAUUUUGUCAUCUCUAGUAAUCCAAUUCACAGCUCGGGAUAAUAUGACAAGAAUAUUUGGAUGUCAUGCAUUUUUUUAUUUAACACACACAUUAUAGACUAUGUAUGUUAUUGUGUGAAGCACUAGAAACGUUUGUAUCAACAGUACUGUACAAAUAAAGUGUGUAAUAUAUAUGAAUUAUUGAUGUACAUUAUAUACACACACAAACAUAAGACAACACGAAACAUGCAGACAUAAUAAUUUGUAAAUAUCAUCCAUCCUACAUUCAGUAUACAAUGUUAGUGUACGCUGAAAGUCAUUAAGGAAAGCGGAGAAAGUCUUUUUGAGGAGCCACAUGAACUGUGAACACCACAAAGUCUAUAAUCACGCAUCUGAGCGUCGUAACAUUUGUCCCUGUGGUUUGGCAUCAUAACAUCUGCGUGUCGUGCCUAUUUUCAUCUGUUUACGGGUGCACAAACUCCUCGCUCUCUGAACAACGUCUAGGAUUCGAGGUGGCACGGAAGUGUAAAAUGAGAAUAAUAAGGUGAAUUAUAAAAGUGGCUUAAUAUACAUUUAGCUUGACCUACUGUGAUUUAUUAUGCUGGAUUCAAAUUUCCUAACAAUUUCAGCUUUUGUUGCUCUUAAAAGAAAUAAAUUGUAUAUGUAUA